AUGGCUUCUGGCCUCAGCCAUGCAUUAGUUGUAGCUUUGCAGUCCUCAUUGCAGGCAACAACAACUGUGUCGCUACUAGCUGGAAUUGUUUCCCAUCACCUAGUUUUCCGACCGUUUGAGAUUGAUGGCUAUGCUUGGCAGCUGUUUUUCACAUACUUUACCGCAUUUUUCGUUUUAAUCGUUGGCAAUGUAUACGCUGCUGGUUAUAGCGCUACUCUGGCUUUGGUUCGCGCUUUGCUUGUCACAACCGCCUACAACACUGGAGUUAUAGCUAGUAUUCUCAUUUAUAGAGCCUUUUUUCACCCCCUAAGACGCUUUCCAGGACCAUUUUUGGCCAAGUUGUCUCGAUUCUAUGCCAUGGAUAAUGCAGCAAAGAGGGUCAAAGCAUAUGAAGACAUUCAAAAUCUCCAUAAAGAGUAUGGAGAUAUCGUUCGAGUUGGUCCUCGCGAACUAUCUAUCAAUCGACCGUCGGCUAUUAGAGCCAUCUAUGAACAUCCCACACGAACAACAAGAUCGCCUUGGUACGCACAGGUAUCGAAUGACGUAACCAAGAUUUCUCUAAAUUCGACUCGAGACUUGAAGGUGCACAAGCUUCGUAAGAAGGCUUGGGAGAGAGGAUUUGGUUUUCGAGCCCUGGCUGUCUACGCACCACGUGUAAGAGCCAAGAUAGAUCUUCUGCUAUCAAAAAUUGCCGAGCAUAGUGGCCGCCCGAUUGAUAUGACGGAAUAUGCCAUGUUCUUUGGAUUUGAUGUCAUGGGAGAUGUUGGAUUUUCGAAAGAUUUCCAUAUGCUCGAAUCAGGGAGUGAGCAUCCAGCCAUUAAAGGUGUUCAUGAAAGCAUGUUGGCUAUUGGCGUUCUAGGCACAGCGCCAUGGCUAUUAUCCAUGAUCUCUAAAGUGCCAGGCGCGGCAGCGGGCUUUUCUCGCUUCACUACAUGGUGUCACCAGCAACUUCAAGAGAAGCGUAAGGUUGUGGCCGACGAAAUGGCAAUGUUCAAAGACCAAGAUCCGCGAGAUGUCAUAUCUUGGCUGAUCAAGGCAUUCAACGAAGGCGAUUCAUCAGCUCCUCCUGGUGAGAUGGCUAUGCAAGAAGAUGCUCGCCUCUUGAUUAUUACCGGAAGUGACACAACGAGUGCAGUUAUAACUAAUGCGCUUUACUUUCUCGCACGAAAUCCCGAUUGCUAUCGGCAACUUCAAGUAGCAGUUGAAGAGCAAUUCCCAAGAGGCGUCAAUGACUGGACAUAUGAGAGAAGCAUCCCGUACGUAGACUAUGUUAUUCAGGAGACACUGAGACUGAAACCUUCAGUCCCUGGCGGCCUGCCUCGAGUGGUGCCUCCACAAGGUCUCAUGAUUGACAACGACUUUAUACCAGGCGGCACAGUUAUUGCAGUUCCGACUUAUACGAUACAACGAGACCCGCGAUUCUGGCACGACGCACAUGUCUUUGAGCCGAAAAGAUGGGAGAACCUUUCUACGGAAAAUGCUCCCUGGAUUCCAUUUACUCGAGGUCAAUGGGCUUGUCCGGGCAGAAAUUUCGCCAUGAUGGAGAUUCGGAUGGUCAUUAGCCGGAUCGCGCUCCAAUAUACCAUUGCAAUUGCGGAGGAGGAUCUCGGGAAGAGGUUUGACAAGGAGGUCAAGGAUACUUUUACUUUGACGCUGCCACCAUUGCGGCUUGUGUUUAGCCCCAAAUGA